GUAGCCCAUAGCCCCAUGGACGAACCUUCAUUCACCCUCUAACCUUUGUGUCACUGUCGCAUCAUAUAGCAAUCUCAAUUCAUUCACAACAUGAUCAAACACUUAUGAUUAGUAAUCUUAAUUAUGAUCACAACAUACCCAUUCUUAAUGCUCCCACCUACAUACUUCUAAGUCAUUUGCUAAAACACAUUUCAAUCACAUUCAACCAUAAAUCUCUGUUCUACUCUGCUCCAGUAUGACUUGACUUCAUCAACUAGCUUCUCUCGGUAGGACGCGUGAUAUGAAUGGCAGUUGAACUAGUCCCUAUUGAAUUUAAAGCACCUAUCUGCAAACCAAGCCAACACUACUACUAUAUAUACACACAUCUGUGUUGGGUUCUCACAUAUAUCAAUCAAGUGAUUCUUACUCUUCACACAGUUUUCUUCCUUUUUCUCACUGAACCUUUCUAGCAAUCAUCACAUCACAAUGGCUUCCAAGCUUGAAGUAGAUGUGGAGGUCAAGUGCAAUGCAGAAAAGUAUUGGGAAAGCAUCAGGGACUCCAACACUAUCUUCCCCAAGGCCUUCCCUGACCAGUACAAGUGCAUUAAAGUGCUGGAAGGAGACGGGAAGUCUGUAGGAUCUGUUCGUCACAUAACAUAUGGCGAAGGGUCUCCACUUGUUAAGGAAUCCGAAGAGAGGGUCGACAUAGUGGAUGAAGCCGACAAGAAGGUUUCUUACAGUGUUAUUGGUGGGGAUCUCCUCAAGUAUUACAAGAAUUUCAAGGCCACACUGGUUAUCACUCCAAAGGGAGAUGGGAGCUUGGUGAAAUGGACCUGUGACUUUGAGAAGGCAAGUGCAGAGAUUCCUGAUCCAAACGUAAUAAAAGAAUUUGCUGUCAAGAACUUCAUAGAGCUGGAUGACUAUAUUCACAAGACAAUGCAGGCAUAGAGAAAACUAGCUGUUCCCUCUGCGAAUAACUUGGCUUAUGUUGUUCUAAGUAAAUAAUGUGGAGUCCCCCUCUGCAACUCGUCUUAGUUAAUAUUGUGAGAAGUUUAAUUUGGUCUAUGGCGUGAUGUAGCCUUUCUAUUUGCUGCCUGAUUUAAUGUUCCAGAUGUCUCAUCUUCCUGAUAUUAUCCUAAAUGACUCAAACUCUGGGUAUUCCAGCUUUUGAGAAAUUUCAGCUAAUACCAAGGGUGAAUUUAAUUACAAAUUGAAUACAAUUAGAAUAAGCAUUUUCCA